AUGGCGUCUGCAGGAGCAGAGUGCGACGCUAGAUGGCAGGAGCAUUUCGCAGCGGUCACGGGCGGACAGGUGUGUCCUGACCCAGCUGCUCGCGAGUGUCCGCUUUCGGCGCCCGUCGGAUUCCGCACAACACCGAGCUCCACGCUCGCCGCUAAUCUGGCCCUCCCCUCUUUCAAGGGGGUCGGUCCCGACAGCAUCCCCGCCGAGUUCCUGAAGGCUGGCGGGGGCCCGUUGGCCAUCGCCCAUAACAAAUUGCAGAAUCGGAUCGGUGAGAGGGGCGAAUGGCCCUGGCAGUGGCAGGGCGGCCGCUGCGUCCCGAUCCUUAAAGGUAAGGGCCCACGGGACGACUGCGACGAGUACCGUGGUCUACUCCUCGCCGACCACAUGUCCAAGUCCUUUGUCGGUCAGAUUAAGGACAGGGUCGACGAGCACUACAACGACGGCAUUUCACAGCACCAGUACGGUGCAGUGCCGCGCCGUGGCGCGGACAUGGCUGCCCACGUUAUCCGUUCUUUGAUCGACCGUGCUCAUCUCAUGAAGUAUUCGAUUUUCGUAUUGUUCGUCGACUUGUCGAAGGCGUUCGACAAGAUCUGUCGUGAACUCGUUCUGGGGUGA